UCUCUCUCUCACACACAUCCAUCCCCCACGUGUUCAUUCUCUCUCUCUCUCUCUCUCCAUUUACUUCUUCCUCUUCUUCUUCUCUCGCACCACCGUUUCUUGUCUCUCUAAAAAUGGAGUUUUACAGCCCUUCGAUCUCAAUGAUUUCGGCAGCGAUUCUCAUCAUCAUGAGUUAUAUCGGCUCAUCAGUGGUUGUGGCCAAAUCUUGUUCAGACAACAAUCAUUUCUCUUGCUUUGGAGGAGUUACCUCCACCCGGUACGUCCUCGCCGCCGCCAACUCCAAGAACCAGUCGGUUCCUGGCCUGAGAUCGACGGAGAUUCUUCCUCCGCCGCAGUUUUUGGACUGCACAAGUUGGAGCAAGGAAGGGGAAGGUGUCCUGGAGCUGGCCAGCAGGCCGGAGACCGUCCGGUGGAUCAAGAACCUGAGGAGAAGAAUCCACGAGAAUCCAGAGCUUGCUUUCGAGGAAAUUCAGACCAGCCGGCUCAUUCGCCACGAGCUGGAUAAAAUGGAAGUAGAGUACAGGUUUCCGGUUGCCAAGACCGGAAUCCGCGCCGCCAUCGGCACCGGCGGCCCGCCUUUCGUCGCCCUUAGAGCCGAUAUGGACGCCCUCCCAAUCCAGGAAGCAGUUGAAUGGGAGCACAAGAGCAGGGUAACAGGAAAAAUGCAUGCUUGUGGCCAUGACGCCCAUGUUGCCAUGCUUCUCGGUGCUGCCAAGGUUUUGAAGAUACGUGAGGACCAUUUGAAGGGCACAGUUGUGCUCCUCUUCCAGCCGGCAGAGGAAGCAGGGAAUGGUGCAAAGCGGAUGAUAGGAGACAGGGCACUGGAAAAUGUGGAAGCCAUAUUUGCAGUUCACGUAUCCCAUGAGCAUCCAACUGGUGUCAUUGGAUCGAGGCCUGGCCCUUUGCUGGCAGGCUGUGGCUUCUUCAGAGCUGUGAUCAGAGGGAAACAAGGCCUAGCAGGAAAUCCACACCGCUCUGUCGACCCUGUUUUAGCUGCCUCAGCUGCUGUGAUCAGCUUACAGGGGAUCGUUUCUCGGGAGGCUAACCCUUUGGAUUCUCAGGUGGUAUCAGUGGCUUCUUUCAAUGGAGGUGGUGAUCUCGACAUGGUACCAGAUAGCGUUGUGCUGGGCGGCACCUUUAGGGCGUUCUCCAAUGCAAGCUUCUACCAUCUCCUAAGAAGAAUAGAGGAGGUAAUUGUAGAACAGGCCAGUGUUUACCGGUGCUCAGCUACAGUUGACUUCUUUGAGAAAGAGUAUACGAUUUACCCUCCCACCGUGAACGAUAAGCAAAUGUACGAGCACGUAGCGAAGGUGGCGGUUGACCUGCUCGGCCCAACGAAUUUCAGGGUGGUGCCGCCUAUGAUGGGUGCUGAGGACUUCUCCUUCUACUCAGAGGUCAUCCCUGCGGCCUUCUUCUACAUUGGCAUAAGGAAUGAAACAUUGGGCUCUAUACACUCGGGUCACUCGCCUCACUUCAUGAUCGACGAAGAAGCUCUGCCUAUCGGUGCUGCAGUUCACGCGGCCAUUGCUGAGAGGUAUCUCGAUGAACACCAUUGAUUGAUGAAGAUAAAUAAUCCCCCCCCGGAAAUGAUCACCUUGGUUUUGUGUUCUUGAAUGAAGGGGGAUCAAUCUUGGCUCUGUUCUCUUCUUCAAUCAAAGUGAAAAAUCCAUGUACAGCAAGUAGCAGCAGAGGACUGGUUUUUGUUUUUUUUGUUAUAGUGUAAUUGUAGCCCAUUGUCGACAAACAUCGAUCCAUCCUAUAAAUGUUGCUCUUGUUCCAGGAAAAUUAAA